AACGUGUUUUUCGAGUUUUUGUGUGGACCCGUUUGUUUUGACGCGGUACUGCGAAGGGGGACAAUCCAUUGGUUACACUUACACAGGGGAGACAAUGUGAACCCGUGACUAGUCCAUUUCCUAGUUAUUGCGCAUAUUUGGUGAAAACUUUUGUACAAAACAACCAAAGGUUUAAAAUCUACUGCAUCGUGAUGGCGCUACCAGGUAGUGUUGGUGUGACGUUCUUCAUUGGUCUGGUGGUGGCCGGUGUUGGUCUGUUGCUGGAGAUCGUGGGGUUAUCGACGCCAGAGUGGGUGGUCAACAGUUACCACAGCAGCACCAUGGGCCUGUGGGAGGCCUGUGGUUUGGGACUAUGUGUCAGCUUCACAACAAAGUCAAGAGAGAUAGAGGUGUGUGAAGCUUUUGCUAUCCUCGGCAUGUUGGCGGCAAUCGCUGCUGUCGCCGUAGCUGUUAUCUAUUUGGUGUUGGCUGCGAUGGGUAAAAACAAAAAAGUCAUCGCCAUCAUCGUUGCAGUAGCAGCUGUCGCCUCCUUGGUGUGUGUGAUUAUCUGUGUGUGUGUGUUCGACCACUACUUCAUUCCCGGACAAGGGGCAAAGGCCGGCUACUCUUUCAUCCUCAACAUCAUCGGCGGAAUUCUGACAGCCAUUGGCGGAGUGCUGGUCGCUGUUUUUGGCUAAGCUGAGAAACUUCUCGAAGAUGUUUUGAUCUGGCCGUUUUAAAUAAUAUCGUAUUCUUUACUUGUCAUAUAGCCAUGGCUAAGUUUUGUUACAUGACUUUAUAGCAAUGUCUAAAUUUUGUAACACGGCUUUAUAGUUAUGGUUGAAUUAUAUAACAUUACAUGAUAUAUAGCAAUGGAUAAAUUUUUAAUACGACUUUAUAGUUAUGACUGAAUUGUAAAUCUCCGUUAUUCGUUGUUGUCUAUCAGUUGUGUAUUUGAAAUAUCAUUUAUAUCAUAUUUUAUAAAUAAUAUAUUAAAUAAUCAA